AUGUUGUUGGAUGCUAUGGAUAAUAAACAGUUAUCUAUAGUGACAUUGUUGGAUAUGUCGAAAGCCUUCGAUAGUGUUGAUCACAACAUGCUUCUUCAAAGAAUUCUAAACCUAGGCGUAUCUUCUGCAGUGCAUAAGUGGUUUGAAAGUUACUUGACGUCUGACAGAUGGCAGUAUGUUAGAAUUGGAACUACCUCUUCGGCGCCUGUUGCAUUGUCGUACGGAAUUCCUCAAGGCUCUGUUCUAUCGCCGUUUUUAUUUAAUAUAUACACAGAUAGUGUCGGGAAAAAGGUUGACAUUAAUAAUUAG